GAGACUUGAAAGUGCAAACAACGGCACAAUUGAAAUAUGUAACAGAAGAUGAUUUGAAUGCGAUAGGGAUGAGCAAGCCAGAGAUGCGCCGUCUAAAGAAAUACUUCCAGAAGCAUUUUCCUCAAAAUUAUCUAUCAAAAUUUAAGAAAAUGCUGCUACCGAAACGCGAAGAACAGUCUCCUGGUGUGCUGGGUAUGUUACCGGAAGAGAGACAAGACAAGCCGUCAGUACGUGUUCCCAAUAAACAUAUGAUUCCGGCUGAUGCAAUUAUCGUGAAUAAGGAACUUGGGGUAGGAGAAUUUGGUGUUGUUCAGCAAGGAGUAUGGACGAAUGAUGGAGAAAGAAUACAAGUUGCGAUUAAAUGUUUAUCGCGCGAGAGGAUGCAGAACAAUCCUAUAGAAUUUUUGAAGGAGGCCGCGAUAAUGCAUUCGAUUGAUCACGAGCAUAUUGUACGACUGUAUGGCGUCGUACUCGACACGAACUCACUGAUGCUGGUGACGGAAUUGGCUCCAUUACGCUCAUUGCUGGAAUGCCUUAAAGAGCCUAGUUUGCGCGCGAGUUUUCCGGUCUUAUCGCUGUGUGAUUUCGCUGUGCAAAUCGCCGAUGGAAUGCAAUAUUUGGAAACAAAAAGAUUAAUACAUCGUGAUCUUGCUGCCAGAAAUAUCCUUGUGUUUUCCAAAAACAAGGUCAAGAUAUCGGAUUUUGGGUUAUCACGUGCUUUAGGGGUGGGUAAAGAUUACUACCAGACAAAUUUCAAUGUCAAUUUGAAAUUGCCCAUCGCCUGGUGCGCGCCUGAAUGCAUAUCCUAUUUGAAAUUUACAUCUGCAAGCGACGUUUGGGCGUAUGGAGUAACAUUAUACGAAAUGUUCAGCUACGGCUUCCAGCCCUGGGCAGCACUGACCGGCCAUCAAAUUCUUGAAGCAAUAGAUGAGCCUAAUUUUCAAAGAUUGGAGCAACCUGAGUGCUGUCCGAAAGAAUAUUUUUCUUUGAUGCAACAAUGUUGGCAACAUGAACCUUUGAAAAGGCCCAAAUUCGCCGACUUAAUUAAUUUAUUGCCCGAAUUGAAACCUGAGCAGGUGCAAGCAGUCCAAGAUAGCAUCGAACCUGGCCAACUCGUUUAUAGGCAGAGUGAUAUAAUCACAGUUCUAGAUAAAGGUAGCACCAAUACUUUAUGGAAAGGCGUUCUAAAUAAUGGCAAAACGGGAUUCUUUAAUCCGGCUCACACAAUCGCGUAUCUCGGUUCUAAUCUGCCUAGUAACAAACCUGGAGAAUUCACACGAGGAGAUGGUAAAAAUGCUUACUCCUCGCAGCGUAGAAAAAUUCGCACGGACAUGAUAUCCUCACCACAGGGCGAUCUGAAGCAUACCGGUCAUGUGGGUUUAGAUGGAGCAUAUUUUGGUGAUAUCAGCUUUCUUGGUGGAAAGUAUCCGCAUUUGCCCCGUCAAGUUGUGACGCCAUACAAACCACAAGAGGACGCAACUGAUAAUUCUAGUCAAAUUUCAAAUCAGGACGCAAGAAACACAGAUAUGAAUACAGAAUCAGCCAGGGAAAGUAGAAGCGUACAAGAUAUUGAAAGCAAACAUG